AUGAGUUCGAGCGAUCUCGUCGAUCAGUUCGCGGCCGGGGUCGAGGGCGCGAUCGGUGUGGACGGCCUCGCCGCGCGCGUCGAGCGCGAGAUGCGCGUGGAGACGAGCGCGUCGAUGGGCGAUCUCGUGGACGGGGACGCGUCGAACGCGGUGACGCAAAACUCUUCGUUCGGUUCGCUGAGCGAAUCGCUCGGCCAGGAGAACGGUCAACAGAACGGCUCGAACGCGAGCCUGACGGAGGGUGGAUUGGAUGAUUUCGGUGAUUUUGCGACCGAGCCCGCGGCGGUGGAGUCGGCGGCGGUGGAGUCAGCGCCCGUGGAGUCGGCGCCCGUGGAGUCGGCGCCGGCGGAGUCGGCGUCCGCCGCGCUCGCGGGCCCCGAGUCGACGUCGGCGUCGCAACCGCCGUCGGCGCCGGUUUCGAACGUCGGUUCGAUGCAAGCGCUCAGCGAAUCUGACUUCGCGCCGUUGGAACCCGCCAUCUCGUCCGAGCCGGCGCUGAACACGCUCAACUCUCCGCACCUGCAGGCGUUCCGAGCCAAGCAGGCGGAGCUGAUUGCCGAGAGAGAGGAGGUCGAGCGCCGCGAGAUCGAGCGCAUCAAGGAGGAGGCCAAGGCCGAACUCGAUCUCAUGGACUCUCAACGCGCGAAGCAGAUCGCCGCCGCGAAGCAGGCGAACAGAGAGCGCCAAACCGCUGAGGAGGAGCUCUUCGCCAACUCCACGGGCUGGGAAGCCGUGUGCAAUUACGUGAGCGAGGAGAACCUCGUCCCCAACUCCCUCACCGAUCUUUCCAAGAUGCGAUCGCUUCUUCGCACGCUCAAAAACACGCAUCCGGUGAAGACCGCGUGA